UCUGAGGUACAAGUAAUAAAAGGAAUCUGGAUAUCAUAAUGUCAAUAAGGAAAUGUGGGUCAUGUAAAAAUACUGCCACCAUCAAUGUGUCUUUUUUUAAUUGAAAAAAAAAAAAUCCACCUUGAAAGCAUCGUAAAACACCGAAACAUCAAAAUGCAGCAUGCGUAAUGGCUCGCUACUCCAGUCCGGAUUUUCCAUGUGAGGCGCGACGGAGCCCUGGAGGUGGAUAAGCUGGUAGAGCCCGCUCUCUCUCAUGCCAUGCUGGGCCACAAGGGCUCCGGGAGACGCUGCUACAUAUUACCGAGAACCGGGAUGGAGGAGAGGCGGAGGGGGGAAGAAAAAAAGUUUCGUUUAAACCUGGCAGAGGAACUUUCAACAUGAAGCCUCACUGACGCACCAUUUCACCAGCAACACCAGCGCUAGAACAAAAGCUUGCUUUAAGACUGAAUAUAUUUUUCUCCUCCCAGCUUGUGUUUUUCUUCCCUCUUGUAUUUUUCUCUGUGUGCAAGGCUGGUCGGGGCUUGCUGUCACUGCGCGUGCUGAGAUGUUGGAGUGACCAUGGCUGCGCAAGUUGCAUCGGCUCCGACUAGAACUAAUAACAAAAAUAAGAAAUUGUCCAGCGGUUUGGGUCCGGAGCUCAGUUCGGGGAAAUCUGGAGGAGGAGGGACCGUACAGCGGACUGGACCGAUGCUGGGUGCCGGAGAUGGGACUCUGAAUAAUGUAGACCAUCACCGCCGAAACGAGCUCAACAUGGUUCAUUCAACUUCCACGACUCGCAACGCUUCGGACGGCCACGACAAAGAUGGACAUAACCUCACGUCCGCCUCGGCUUCGACUAAUUCAACCUCUUCCUCGAUGGAAACGGGUUUGACCGCGAACCACAAGCUGAAAUGUGUGGGGAGCGGAGAUCCCCCUCAGUCUCAACAGCCGCAGCAGCAGCCGCCGCCGCCGCCGCCGCAAUUCGGCCAGUUUGCGCCACAUCAGCAGCGACAGAUCCAAAGUAACAACACCGCCAACAACAACGGCCAGGGGCCCCGUGGGGACAGGGGUAUGGAUCACCAACACCACGGUGGCAAAGAGAACCUGUUGGGGGGCCAGGGGGAGCCACAGCAGCAGCACAUGCCAGGAAAAGGUGAGGGGGACCUCACCUGUAAACCCGCGGAGAGGAUGAUGGGUACCAGGUACGAACACUCUAACUUGGGGCCAACUAGUAACAACUCUGAGUUUAAUAACAACUAUUACAGUCCAAGGCCCUGUUAUGAGCAACAUGGCGGACAUCAGCAGCAAAGCAGUGGGAUGGGGAUAACGCACUCCUCGGCACAUAACAGCAUGGAGAACUCCCACGAAGCAGGGUACCACAACAGCCAGUACAAUCAGUACCCGGCGUACCGGGCGGGUUACGGCGGCGGGGCCUACGGAAUGAUGGGCCCCGCCGGAUGCCGGCAACCUGGGAACAUGAUGAUGGGCAGUAACUCCUCAGCAAGCCACGGCAAGUCUCCCCUGGGAGCCGCUUCGGGUGGCUUUCAGAGGUUCCCAGGACAAACACAGCAGCAGCAUCCCUCAGGGGCCACCCCGACACUCAACCAACUGCUGACGUCCCCAAGUCCCAUGAUGCGGGGCUAUGGCGGGGCAUAUCAAGACUACAGCGGCUCCACGGCGCAGCAGCAAGCCGGCAUGGGCCUGGGGAAAGACGUGGGGCCCCAGUACGGAGCCUCCACGGCCCACGGCUGGGCAGGGCAGCAAAGAAACCACCCUCAUUCAAUGAGUUCAGGCAACGGAGGGCAAGGCCUCGGCAGGACACAGGUGUCCUCCAUGGACUUCAUGGCUAUGAAGCGCUCGCAGCUGUACAGCAUGGCCAACAAUCCCUACUCCAACCCGCAGCAGCCAGGGGGCGGGCCUUACCCUCCUAGCCAGCCAUACACAUCGCCUCCUCCACACAGAUAUCCAAUGAGCAUGCAGGGGAGGGGCCAAAUGGGCAUGGGCGGGAUGCAGUAUCCUCAACAGCAGCAGGUGGCUCCAUAUGGCCAGCAGGGGAUGGGUGGCUACAGCCAGCAGCAGCAGGCGGGGCAGCAGGGAAACCCUCCGUACUUCAGCCCCUCGCAGCAGACCCCUCCAGGCCCGACCCAGAUCCCCUACCUGCAGCCUCGACCACCACCACAACAGGAGGCCCAGCAGGAGACGUAUGCCACCAGGGGUCCCGUCCCAGGGAACUCUGGGAAAGCCAACAAUGAGGAUGGCGUCUCCCAGGACCGCCCCUCCAGUCUGCCGGAUCUGUCCGGCUCGAUUGAUGACCUCCCUACUGGGACGGAGGCUGGUCUGGGCUCAGCCGUCAGCGGCGGUGGUGGCGGCUCCUCCAGCAGCAGCAGCAGUAGCCAAGGGGAGCAGGGCGGGGCCAGUAACCAGGGACAGUCCCCCUUCUCCCCUCACGCCUCCCCCCACCUCCCCAGCCAGAGAAGCGGGCCCUCUCCCUCCCCUGUGGUCUCACCUGCAGGCUCCACUCAGUCCCAGCAGUCGCGAUCAGGCUCUGGACCCAUCUCUCCCGCCAGUGGACCCUCAGCCAACGCCACCGCGCCAGGUUCCACGAUGGCCCCACAGAGCUCUGGGAAUGGACCGGAAGGAGCCCACCCACCAAUCACCCGCUCACCUAUGGCUCAGGAGAAAGGGUUCAUGUCCAGCAUUCAGAGGAACCAGGCUAGCUCUCAGUUUGCUUCUCCUCAGUCCGGACCUCCUAUGUCCCCCCACCCUUCACCUGGGGGAUCAUUGUAUCCUGGGAUGGGUCCCUACUCCCAGAGUGGCCCUUCUGGCCCUUAUGGACCUCAAGGGUCACAGUAUGGACACCAAGGUAACUAUGCUCGGCCCUCCAACUACAGUGGGCCUGCCAGUACCAGCUACAACGGCCCCGGCCCCGGCAUGACCAACAGUCUGGGAAUGAAUGCUAGCAGCCCCAUGCACGGCCAGGGGCCCGGCCAGCCCAUACCUGUAGGACGCAGCCAUGGUCCAAGCAGCCAGAACAGGGUGUACCCACCCAUGGCUCCCAGCUCCCCCAGCAUGCCUCAGCCAGCUGGGCCCGGGAUGGGCCCUCCUUCUUUGGGUAGCUCUAAUCGCAAAGCCCAGGAGGCAGCAGCAGCUGCCAUGCCGGGAUCUGCCAACUCAACACACAACAGACAGCCUCCAUAUGCAAGGUCCCCAGCCCAGAUGCAGCCACCCCAACCCACCUCCACCCACUGGCCCACACCCCACCCCGCCUCUACCCAUCCUUCCAUCCUGCCACCCAUCCUGCCAUCCUCACAUUCACAGCACCAUAGGCAGGGGAACUAUCAAGGCCCUGGCAUCAGCCAGGCUAGCACCAUGGCUACCACUGUCCCCUACAGCCAGCCAACAGGAAACAACAGCUCAGCCAUGGGCAACACACAAGGUCCAGCCUACAAUAUGCCACCUUCAGGAGCCAUGGGGAUGCCGGGAGAUGGGAUGAUGAGCCCAGAUGGGAAACCAAAAUCUGACGCAAAAGAUGACAGCGGCCCCACCAACGAGCCUCACAAACCAAAGCUACAGGAUGGCUACAGCCACAAUAACAGCAGCAGUAGUUCCCAGCAGUGCGUGUCCCAGCCUGCCACCCCAGGUGGCGCCCUGCCCGUGCCCUCGCCCCUCUCACCCAGCCCAGCCAGCCUGUCCUCCUACCACGGAGACGACAGCGACAGCAUCAGCAGCCCCCCCUGGCCCCUCAAGACCCCCUCCAGUCCUAAAGCCAACCCUAAUUCCUCCUCCCUCAGUGGGGAGCGAAUCACGCGGCUAUUUGAGCUGGGUGUGGAGCCAGAGAGGCGGGGCUGGGUGGAGCGAUACCUCACCUUCAUGGAGGAGAGGGGCACGCCUGUUGCCCAGCUUCCCGUUGUGGGCAAGAAGGCACUGGACCUCUGGAAGCUCUACAUAGCUGUUCGGGAGAUUGGAGGCCUCGCCAUGGUAAACAAGAACAAGAAGUGGCGCGAGCUGUCCACCAACCUGAAUGUGGGCACAUCCAGCAGCUCCGCCAGCUCGCUCAAGAAGCAGUACAUCCAGUAUCUGUUUGCCUAUGAGUGUAAGAUGGAGAGAGGAGAAGAUCCGCCAGCAGACAGCAGCAGCAGCGGCAGCAGCGUGGCUGGAGGGGACAGCAGGAAGCAGGUCAAGAUCCAGCCACCCUCACCUGCUAAUUCAGGCGGCUCCCUCCAAGGCCCACAGACGCCCCAGUCCUCUGGCAGCAGCUCUACAGCGGAGGCAGCAGGGGAUCUGAAACCCCCCACACCUGCCACCACCCCUCUGGGACAGGUCACACCACUGCCCCCCAACAGGAGCAGUGUGAGCGUACAGGACCCCUUCUCGGAGGUGAGCGACCCGGCCUUCCAAAAGCGUGCUACCUCUCUGCCCCCCUCAGCUCCUUACCAGCAGGGCCUCGGCAUGCCUGACAUGAUGAUGAGGAUGCAGUACGACGCCAAGGACCCCUUCGCCGGGAUGAGGAAGAUGGCAGGAGCUGAUCCCUACAUGCCAGGCCAGAUGCCCGCUGGUGGCAUACAGGACAUGUAUGGUCGACCUCCGCCAGCUUUGAGCAUGAGCCAACGGCCGCAGUAUCCAUACGGGCCAGGCUACGACAGGAGACCGGACCAUGUCAUGGGGAUGGAGGGCAACAUGGGUCCCCCUGGGAGUCAGAACAACAUGGGACCUUCUAACAGUGAGGGCAGCAUGUACUCUCCCAGUAGAUACCCUUCACAGCAGAGACACGAUGGCUACAGUCAGCAGUAUCCCAACAUACCAUAUGGGAUGCAUCCAUCUGGAAUGUACCCACAGCAACAGCAGGGCUACAAACGGCCCAUGGACGGCAUGUACGGCCCCCCGCCCAAGAGACACGAGAGCGACAUGUAUGCCAUGCAGUACGCUAACCAGCAGCCGGACAUGUACAACCACUACAGUGGUGGGUACUCAGGCCCUGAACACAGACCCAUCCAGGGACAGUUCCCCUACCCCUACCCCCGUGACCGCAUGGCCCCCUCAGGUCAGAGCCAGCACAGUAUGAUGGGUGGGGGGCCCACUCCUAACCAUGCCACCGAUGGCCCCAACAUGUGGCCAUCCAGGACAGAUCUCGGCUAUCCCUACCCCAACAGACAGGGGCCGCCAUCACAAAUGCCACCUUAUGGCUCAAUCGGUAGAGAUGACAUAGACGGGCGGCCCGGGCAGGAGCAGUGGCACCGUCAGUCUCCCUACAUGUCAUCAUCAGGUGGCAUGGCUCCCCUGUCCUCACGCCAGCCAUCUUCUUAUUCCAACUCUCCAUCUAUGGCCAACCACCUGCCCAGAGCACCCAGCCCAGGGGCCUUCCAGCGCUCCAUGGACUCUCGGAUGUCACCCAGCAAAGCACCGUUCAUGUCACCCAUGAAGAUGCCUAAACCUGGGAUGACCAUGAUGGGCUCACAGGGCAGUGGACCUCUUGGUCACUUUCCUCCCAACCUGAGACGGGACCUCAACUACCCACCAGGAUCAGUGGAGGCCACCAUGCCGAUUCUCAAGCCCCGUCGCAAGCUCACCUCCAAGGACACUGGAACACCUGAGGCCUGGCGCGUGAUGAUGUCUCUGAAGUCUGGCCUGCUGGCAGAGAGCACAUGGGCUCUAGAUACCAUCAACAUCCUGCUGUACGAUGACAGCACUGUGGGCUCCUUUAACCUCUCCCAGUUGCCUGGAUUCCUCGAGCUGAUUGUGGAGUACUUCCGCCGUUACCUGAUCGAGAUCUUUGGCAUCCUCGAAGAGUUUGAGGUGGGGACUGUGGCUGAGAAAAGACUUUUGGACCCUGCUGCUGAUCAGAAAGAAGAAGCCAUUCCUGACCAGGAAACCGACUAUACCGCCCAACCUGAACCUGAGUCAGCUCCGGCAGCGGAGACGCCGGUGGAGCAAGCAGGAGGCAUCGUGGAGGAAGCUCUACCAGUCACUGCAGAGCCAGAGUCAGCUGAGGUGAACGGUGAGAAGGAGGAGUCUGAGGUAAGCAUCAAGGAAGACAAGAAUGAAGAGGACAGAGAGAAAGAGGGAAAAGAAGAAGAGGGUGAAAAGGGAGCAGAGACUAAAAAGGCGUGUGUUGACCAGCCUGUUGCAGAGCAAGAACCUAAACCUAAACAAGCCAGUAAAUAUGAUAAGCUCCCCAUCAAGAUUGUCCACAAAGAGGACCUGAUUGAAGACAUGACCGAGCACUUAGGUUACGUCACCGAGUUCACCAGCGGGCUGCUACACUGGCAGGCUGGUGGAGGUGAUUCCACCGCACACAUUCAAACACAAUUUGAACCCCGGAGUGAACCACCUGCCAGGGCAGAUGGAAAGACGAGAAAAGAAAACAAAGGGGAAAACAAGCUGGACGAUGGGAAGAAACAACCAAUGAAACAUAUCACUGCUACUAUUGACGAUGUUCUGUGUGCUCGGGUUGACGCCCUUUCUUACGCCCACCCUGCACGCUCCUUGCCAUCCUACCCCUUCAGGGUGCAUCAGGAUGGGGAGCAGGACCACAUCACCUUGCUGGAGGACGAGCCUCGCUGCCUGGACGAAGCUCCGCUCUCCACGUCCUCUGCCUGGCAGGACUCUCUGGCCAAGCGGUGCCUCUGCGUCUCCAACAUCGUCCGGAGCCUGUCCUUUAUCCCCGGGAACGACUUGGAUAUGUCACGCCACCCUGCGCUGGUUCUCCUUCUGGGCAGGCUGCUCCUGCUGCACCACCAGCACCCGGAGAGGAACAGAUGGCCCCCUAGCUACCAGAGGGACGAACAGCAGGAGCAGGGGCUGUCGAGUAGCAAAGAGGAGUGGUGGUGGGAGUGUCUGAGUCUGCUCAGGGAGAAUGCUAUGGUCACUCUGGCCAACAUUUCGGGUCAGCUGGAUCUCUCCACCUAUCCAGACACUAUCUGCCUCCCCAUCUUGGAUGGCCUUCUCCACUGGAUGGUAUGCCCUUCAGCUGAAGCCCAGGACCCCUUCCCAUCAGCAGCACCCUACUCCCAGCUCACUCCCCAGAGGCUGGUGCUGGAGUGCCUCUGCAAGCUGAGCAUCCAGGGCGGCAACGUUGACCUCCUGCUUGCAACGCCGCCUUUCAGCCGACAGGAGAAACUCUUCAGCGUCUUGGUCCGCUUCGUGGGUCAGAGGAAGGCCCAGGUGUACAGGGAGAUGGCAGUGGCUGUUCUCUCCCACCUGGCACAAGGAGACCCCACAGCGGCACGUGCCAUAGCCAUGCAGAAGGGCAGCGUGGGUAAUGUGGUAGGCUUCUUGGAGGAUGGUGUUAGCAUGGCACAGUACCAGCAGAACCCUCACAGCUUGCUGCACAUGGGGCACCCCCCUAUGGACCCACCUAGCAUAAACAUGAUGUGCAGAGCAGCUAAAGGCCUGUUGGCUAUGGCUAAAGUGGAGGAAAACAAGACAGAUUUUGUGCUGUACGAAAGCAGAUUAUUAGACAUCUCCAUUUCCUCUGUGCUCAACGCGGGGGUGGCAGCUAUUAUUUGCCAAGUUCUCUUUCACUUAGGGAAAUUAUGACAAGAGGAGAGGCAGGACUCACAUGGCAGACGCUAAGGCGUACAAGAUACUUUUGUGGUUUUCUAUUUAUCAAAAUGACAGAAUUCUUUUUUUUUUUUUUUUUUUAAGAAAUAUCCACAUCAAAAAUAUCUAUAUAUGUAAAGCUUUUGGGCCAUGUUGGAAAAAAAGUGGGUUUGGGAUUUAAAAACUCAUUUUAAUACAAAUAUUUAAUACCUGCUGGUGUUGGAUUGCUACUUUUGUUUGGCUUUUUUUUUUUUUGUUUACUUUUUCAGCCAAAGCUGCCACCAGACGUUGGUGCUGAAUUAUGUGGUUCCUUUUGAGUCGAUGAGUCGUGGAGAUGUUUUUCAGUUUUAUAAAUGCUAAUAUACUCAUCAACAUUUUGUUAAUGGAGAGUAUUUAUUUAAAAUGUGACUCUGUACAGUAGUUUGAAUUGUUUUUGCCAACAGUUAUGGGGGGAAAAAACACUAACUUUUCAAAUUGAAAUGUAUAUGUCUCCAUCGCUGGAAGAUAAAUUGUGCAAUAGGACUCUAGAGCAAGUUGUCCCUUUUUGAGAACAAGAAGACUCUUUAAAGACACCUGCAGUGUGUGCUUUAGGCCAUGAGGAGGCAGCAUUGAACCAGCCAAUCAACAUACAGUAGGAGAAGAGCAUCUGUUAAAAUAAGUGUCUAAUUUAUCAAUCAUAGCCUCAACGAUUUUCACAGAUGAACUUUGUGUUUCCUAAGCACUUGUGUUAUGUCUGUAUUUUUUCAUCACUGUGUAUAUAAACCGUUGUACAAUGGACACACAUGAUUCUUUCAGUCUCAAUCAAGCAUAGCAAGAGACUCUCCGACUAUUAUAACAAAUGCUUUUAUUGUUGGUCAAAUUUGUUAUUGUUAUUAUACAUAUUUUGUUAAUGGGGUCAAAUAUUUGAACAUGGCAGAUGUAACUGGUGUUUCGAUGUAAAAAUUCCUGUAUGCAUUGUAUAAUAGCUGAGAAAACAAUCGCUUUGGUAAUCAAACGUGGAAGUGCCAGGGUGAGAGGAUAUCUAGUCGAGGUUACAUGAGAAAACUGAACACAUUUUCUGUUUACUGUUACUGUCCUCCAUUCAUGUCAAUGGGCAUAUUUUUGAAUCUAGAUAAGAAACCUGAAAAGAACCUUCAAAAUGUCCUGAAAGCUCAUUGUAAAAUUUGCCUUUUUUUCAUAUGACUCCUUGUCUCUCUUUUAUUCAGUAUACACAUUUAUACUCUGUGCUGCACAUGUCACAAAUAAAUGUACGAUGAACAUCGUUAAGCACUGGAGACGUUGCAUUAUGUCCAGACAAUCUUAGGCCAAUAAAACAAACAUCAACUGCUUACAUGGACUGCCUUUUAUUGAUGUAAUUUAAAAGAAUUCAGUUCAAUAGUUCAAUAAUCCAGACUAACAAAGAAAUUAUACAAUGACUGAAAUGCUGCAGUCCAGAGGACACCUGAUAAUUAGACCUGAUAGUUUUCUAUCUAAUCACAGUAUUUGCUUGAGUUCAAUUCUUGGUAUUAAAAAUUCUUCCCAUCCAUGAAUCUCAGUUUUGGAUUUGAUCUUUAAUGAUCACCAGGACAUUUACAGGUCGGCUGUAUUACUUAAUAUCAUACAUAAUUUUUAAAGGUCCAAUAAUAUGCUAAUUUUCAGGUUCAUACUUUGUAUUUUGGGUUUCUACUAGAACACGUUUAAAUGCUUUAAUGUUCAAAAAACAUUAUUUUUCCCUGUCCGUCUGAAUAUACCUGUAUUCACCCUCUGUCUGAAACGCUCUGUUUCAGCGCCUUUCUUUUUAAGCCCCCCUCUUGAAAAAAGAGCAUCUGCUCUCUCUGUGUCUCUGCAUCAUCAUUGCAGCCAGGGAAUGACUGUAGCAUCACUUUUCUACCUAGAAUAAUUGUGACAUCAUAACCGUACGGAAGUCCGGACGGCUCGUUUAAAGAUAUAGUUUCUGAAUAUGGGCUGUGUGCAUUUCUCUGUGGAUUGAGUGUUUUGUUUUAUAAUUUAAAAAAGACAUGGAAAUAACUGAUAACUGUUAAAUUAAAUACUUCUGAAAUUAAUAUUUUAAAUGAUUUUAGGUGAUGUGAGGUCAGUCCUUCCUGAACAGUAAGCCAUGUACUGUACUGACUGUAAUAUGUGGCUGUUCUAGCUCACAAGUCAUUGAAUAAAAUCAUUUUGAAGACACUA